AUGGAUACACCACCACGAUUAAAUUCACAAGCCACUGACAGAGCCUUGAAUAACCAAGAAAUUGACAUAAGCUCAGUGGCAAUCCACAACAAGUUCUCCAAUUUUUUCAAGAGAGAAUUUCAUUUGCCUUGGAGAUGAGUUGAAUGAAUCGAGAUUUUGAUAUACAUUAUCGUCUCAUGGAUAAUUUGUGCUAUGAUUGGCUCUACUAUGAAUCAUUCCAACGUAGAAGAUGACCAAAAAAGGUCUCCUUUAGCAGUCUUUAGUAUUAUUGCAUGCCCACUUUCAGCUAUUUAUGGGGUUAUUUUUAUGAAACUGAGAUUAACGCCAUUCAGAGUAUUAGUUAUUUUCCUCAUCAUUUGUGUAGCCCCAGUUAUAUGAAUUAUUGUCAAUGUCUCACAGGAGGAUUUUUCAUAUCUCCCACUUGUGUUUUUAGCAUAUUUUCCUGGACUUUUUAUAUUUUUUGGAGUAUUGAGAUUUGCUAAAGAAAGUAUUUAUAAUAAUGGAAAAAUUUUCCUUUCCUCCCUGAUCCCUUCGUUAAUAUGCAUUUUAGCCCCACUUAUUAUGGGAGCAUCAGCAAUAUUUUUAGUCUUAGAAAAAGAUGAUGUCGAUACAGACUUAGGAAGAAUUUUUUUGAAAAUUAUGGCAUUCCCUUAUCUAUUAUUAUUAAUUCUGAUAUGAACAGUUAUUCAUUUGGAAUUAUUUAAAAAAUAUCCUAAUCAAUUUGAGGUCUACAAAGAAAUGAUAAAAAAUGGGGAUUACUCAGAUCUUGCAGUCCAAGUACUUUUUAAGAAAAAUCCUGAUUUAUUGAAUCAAGAACCUAGCAAAUGGAAUAUUUUUCAUGAAAAUAUACACUGGAUUUCGUCUAUAACGCUUUUAGGCUGUUUAUUGGCGAUGGAAAUUGGAAUUAUUAAUCUUCUUGAUAAGUAUUUGAAGGGGGAUGCAGACAGCGAUGCAUUGUGGAUGUGCUGCUUUUAUCUUCCUGUCGUCCCUGCUUUUUUAUUUACUGGGAUAACUUUUAGUGCAUCAAGACUGAAAAAAAAUGAUAAGUUUUCUUCAGGGACUUUAGUUGGAGGAAUUCCGAUAACUAUGGCAGUUAUGGUAAUUUCUUAUUACUUGUAUGAUAAUGACUCUACUUAUUAUCUUGGGAUACUAGUCGGGUUAGGCUUUCCAAUAUCUACGAUAUAUUGAUUUUUAUUAGCAAUGGUUUUCCACCAUAACAAAAGAGCUUUCCAGCUCAUUUUACCGAUUUCUUUCUUAAUCGGAGUAAUCCCUCUCGGCUAUUUAUGGCCUUUAUACUCCAUAUCUGUGAUGAAAACUUCUACAUUUUGGGUUUUAACCGGAAUCGUAGGCAUCGGUGGGCUACUAAUUUUAAUCUUUGACUGGCUUAUUGACUUUGUAAUAAAAUUCAAAACUGAGAUGCUUGUAAUUUUCAACGCUGCCAAGCUUAUAAAUACUUUUGACUUAAUACAGCUCUCAUACACGAUAUGCUUUAUUAUAGGAUUCGCAAUUCUUGUAUGGACCGCUUGCAAAGAAACAAUAUCUUCCUCAGACUCCCCGCGCACAUCUGGAUACUUAAUUGGCUGCUUUUCAAUAUUAGGGUUUAUGAUAAUUUUGACGAUAAUUGUCCAUAGAGUUUCAUUUUAUAAUAGUGAUGCUUAUGAACAUGAAUGAACUAUAUCAGAAAUAGUUUUAAAAAGGAAGACUGAAAUUACACCAUUGCAAAGUAAAUUGUUGCAAAAAAAGAGGAAGUAUAUGAAAAUAACACUGGGGUUAGGAGUUACAAUCCCUUUUGUAUAUGCAUAAAAUGGCUGGAGACGAGAAACCAGCCCUCCCUCGCGGAUGUCCUUAUGUAUAUCCGUACUUUGUUUUUGGUACAAAGAGCUGCCCAAAGGUUGUGCUAGCCUCAAAGUGAGAGAUCCAGCACUAUUUCCUUGAUUAGUGGCUUCGCCCAAGCGUUUUUUUUUUCAUUUCGCCAGCAACGCCCAGGCCCAGAAUGUGUUUCCAAUAGAAGCAGGGCGAUUUACCUGCCUAGAUGCUUUGUUUUCUGUUCGAACGAGCACAAGUUAUCGGAACUGAUCUGGGGUAAAGUGAGACAGGUUGAGAAGAUCUUAUGGGCAAGUCACUUCAUUCGAAAAGGGUCCUGCUAAGAGGCGAUCUGGCUUGAGCUAAGCAGAGUUGGCUAAUAGCGGCGAAGUUGGAAAGAUGUACCCGACAAAAUCUGUAUGGCUGGAUCAAAAGGCAUGCACAACAAAGAGGUUUCUGCUGCUUUUCGAAAGUCUUAUGUAAGACCGCCAAACAGCGAUCGUUAUGCACAGGAAAUGGGGACUUUAAAGACGCAGCUUAAUCUUAAUCUUACAAUCCCUUUUGUGAUUGCAAUUCCUUUACUUGCUGUUACUAAAGAGCAGACUACAACCACUGGUGUAGCAGUUAUUAUUGGGUUUUUAUUUUCGACGUUUUUUAUACUUAUAUUGAUGGAGCUCAAGCAUUAUUUAAGAAAAUACGGAAAAGCAAUUAUUUCUUAUAUUUUAGGAUGGUGCUGAUGCUUUUUUUAUCUUCCACUAGUAUGCUUUAUCCCUAUAUCAGUUUCUAUGGUCAAUAGUAAAAGUGAGCUUCAGCAGGUAACUUCAUGGUCACUCGGAAUAGUAAGUUUGCUCUUUAUGAGUGGUGUAGGAAUGGGAAGCAUUGCUAUAAAUACUAUUUUCAAAUCUGUUGAACGAGAAAAAAUAGCCAAACACUGCUGCUUAAUACUCAAGCACAGGCUAAUGAAGUCUGGCGUUAGAUCAAAAAUGCAGCUUUUAAGAGCAAUUUAUGAGCAGAUCUACUAUUCUGACCCUGAAUCAGUCAAAAAAGUGCUAUUAGAUAUGACAGCAAUCUAUUAUUUCCCAGUUGAUGAAAAUGACCCAGACCUUAGAUUCAGCAAAGAUCUUGUAACUAUAAGUGAUUUAAUGAAACUUCAAAAUAAAAAUAAAAUCCAAGUUAUUGACAAUGUAGACAAAGAUGAAAUUUUACAUAAAGACGAAAUAAGCUGCUGGCAAUGGCUGAAAAAUAUUUUUGCAACUCAAGAUGAGAAAUUAAUUGUAAAAGAAGAAAUUGACGUAUUAGAAGAUGACAUGAAUUUUACCACAGAAGAAAGCGCCAUAGAGCCUAGCAAUAAUAAUUAUGUGAAAAUGCAACCUAAUAGUGAGGAGGGCACAGGCCAAGAAUCAAGGCAGUCGUCAAAUGAAUGGACGCAUGCAUUUAAAAAACAAGUCAAGCAUGUCCAGGAAAAGAAAAGACAAGAAAUGCAAAAUGCGCUGUUUAGAAUUGCUAUUAUGGAUCCUGAUGAGCCGAAAGCUGAUAAUGAAGAAAUCAAAGAAAAUAAAUUAACUGAAGCAGAAAUAAUGAAAAUCAAAAGAAAUGAGCAUUUUCAAGUGUUGAAAGAGAACCCGGAUGUCAAAAAAGAAUGGUUUAAUAUGGUGUUUUUUAGAUUUUCACAUGGACUGAUUGUGGAUGAUAAUGGACCUUGGAUGACUUCACAUGAUAUGAGGCAGUUUUUAAGGCUUAGUGGGCUUAAGUAUUAUUUCCCUAAUGUCAGCUGUGAUAUAUUAUAUGUGAAAUUGACGAGAAAAUUUAAUGCAGCGAGAUCACAUAAAACAUUCACGAAAAUUAGGUUUAAUGAGUUUUAUGAUACUUUAUUAGAUAUUAUUGGAAGGUCUAUGUAUCCUCAUCUGAGUCCAAAAGAAGCAUUUGAUAAAAUUUUUGAAGAAAAAAUUUACCCUAAUUUAUAUUUAAUUUAUUUAAAAUUGACAACCAUUUUAAUAAGAUAAAACUCUGAUUCCUACAUAAAAUACUCAAAAUAGAUUUAUAUUAAAAUUAAACUUAGCCUGGCAGUGUUUAGUAUCGAAUCUGCCAUAUUUAGGGAGCAAGCUUAAACUUGAUAUCAAAGGCCAUGAAGAAAGACUAAGGCAUACAGUUGGAACUCUAAUUAUGAAAAAAAUUGAUUUCACUGCACAAGCUCCAGUUGCGUCUGUAGUCGUCAACCCUUAUUUAAAUAUGUUCAAACUUGAUGCCCCUAAAAACUCAAUGGAAAUUCCUGAUAACGAGACAGCUGAACCAAAAAUAGAAGAAAUCCAACCUCAUAGCUCAGGAGGAGUGAUCACUUCUACCAUUAAUUUAACAAAAAGAAGGUCUGUAUUUAUCGAAAGUGAAGCUCCAGAAAUCGAUAAAAUGCAAGAAACUCAAAAGAAAAAGAAAGGAGCUUGUGCAAAGCUUAAUAAUUGUUUAGAAUGCUUUUUUAAUACCAUUUCAAGCAUUUCUGACUGUAUAGUCCGCCUUGCAGCUGUGCUUUUUAAAGGCUGUUUUGCGUGCUUGUCGCCAAAAUCUGCUGAAGAGGAUAAAUUGAUAAAAGUUAGCAGUGAGCCACAAUCAGAAGAAGACAGUCUAGAAUUAAUUGUAAGAAGAGAUUCACCAGAUUGGCCAGAAAUUUGUGAAAUUGUUACUGAAACUUUGUCAAGUGCGUUAGAAGAUGCCAAAAAAAUUAUGGAGCAAAAAAAAUCAACAGACAUGCAAAUGAAUUUAUCAAAUUUGACUGCGAUUGUUAGCAUGGUUACUGAAAUUUAUUCAUUUUCUAGCAUGGCUUUUUCAUCUCAAGUGAAUUGGCUAGGAAAUAAUUCAGAAAAUGAGGUGUCUAAUAAUGUCAGUGGGCAGAGUGAGUACUGGGAAGAGACAUUCUGGGCUUGCUUAAUUGCUGCUUUUGUUUUUAUUGCGAUGGUUUGGCCUGCUGUAAAAUACUUAAAAGAAGGAAAACUAGGCUUGAAUAAAGACCAUACAAAAGCUAAAUUUCCAAGUUGGCAAUUUAUUUUAUUUUUAAUAUAAAAUUUUGCUUUCAGCCUUAGUUUAAUGAUUUUUUUAAAUUUUUUUUUAAAUUAUUAAAAAAUUAAUUUAAUUCUAGAUGGCCCCAAAAGAAUUAAAUGCGAAAAAUAAUAAUUCAAAAAAUAUGCAAGCUCUAGCUAGAUUAUUAAUAUAAAAAUUAAAUAAUUAUUUUUUAAAAGUUAUUAGAGCAAAAUUUUUAGCAAACUAUACUUAAAUCGAUAUCUCUACUUGGAUGCUCACUAUAUUUAACAAUAAUGUCAAAUAUUUUGGCAGCAUUUUCAUGCCAAUUCGAUGAUAGCAGCAACUAUUGGUAUUUAUCCAAAGACGAUAGUAUAGAGUGCUUUGGGACUCUCCAUUCAGUUUAUAUAGCUCUUGCUGUUGUUUGUGCUAUUUUGUAUUAUCCUCUCGCUACUCUGCUAUAUCCUAAUAUUCAAUAUCAAAAUAAAGAGCUUGAUCUAAAAUACGACACAACCUUUUUGGUUCUUGAAUCCCAAGGCAAGCUGCUUAUUGCAGGGUUUUCAGCAUUUUUUUUGAAAUCUAAAUAUUUAUGGCUUCAGCUCACUGUGGUAAUUGUUGUUUGUUCUAUACUUAUGGUGAUAAAUAUUAUCACAAAGCCAUGCUUUGUCAGAAGCUUUAACAUUUGGAAAGCUGCUGGAUAUUUCGUAGCUAUAUGAAGCUGCUCUUGGGCUUUAGUUAGCAUGCAAACUGAUCUUUACUUAAUUAGGUGGUUAGUCGAGGUGCACUUUGUUAACUCGAUUGCCAAGGAUCCUCCAAUGGAUUUAUCUGCUUUGGGGUACACCUACUUCCGAUCUCCGGAAAGGCCGGCUGUCUGGCCCUCACCUCCUCCUGCCACUUCGCGGUGGCUCCAGUCUUGAGUGGACGGACUAUGGGUUCCUGGGGCCUUGCUUCAGGCUGCAAAGACGAGGUUGCCUGCACAGAAAACCCAACAAAAAAAAUUUUCUGGACAACUAUUGUCAAAGGAAAAAACUUUAGCCAAGGCCGUAACCCCCUGACUUCACGGUGGUGCAGUGCCCGAUAGGUCCAAAGGAUUUUGCUGGGCUGCUCCUUUCCAACUUCCAAGUCUCCUUUGUCCUUGAGGUAAAACCCAAACCAGAAAAAAAGACAAGGGCUAGGCUCCUUACUCCACAGGAUUUGCUUGCCUAGCAUAGCUUCCCAUUUCAAGCUUGGUAAAACCUUGCCGGAUAUAAUUAAAAUAUGUGCUCGAAGGUAGUCGGAUCCGACCGCGUAGCUCUGAGACGCCAUAUUUAAUUAUAUGCAUGCAAACUGAUCAGCAAGUACUUGCAUUUUCAUUUUUAAUAGCAGGAUAUGGAGUGAUUUUGGGAGUGAUGAUUUAUCUGCAGAGUUCUUUAUAUGGAUGUGCAGGAUUUAAGAAGCUGAAACAUAUUAAAUCAGUUUUAAGAGGAAGAGAAGUGUAUGAUGAAAAUGAUGGAAUUAUUAAUGCGACAAAUAAUCAAGGGGAGCCUCAGCUUUUUUCAAAAGUGACUGUUUAAUCCUUCUCUGUGAGCAAGCAAAACUUUGGAAACACUCCUAUUUGGUGAAAAAAACCAUCUCCGUAAAUAUGUUUUUAAAAAAUAUUAGAUAUAUAAGUUAUUAUUAUUAUAAUGAAAUCUAUUGAUUUAAAAUAUUUUAAAAAAUUUAGCAUCUCUUAAGCAAACAGGAUUUUUUGUUUGCUAUGGAAGGAAAAUUAG